AUGGCCGACCACACCCAGGUCUCGACGCAGUCGCAAGGCCUCUUUUCACGACGCCCCUCGUUCUUCGGCGGCGGUAAGAGCAAGACACACCGCCAGACGCCCUCGAUUGUCCUCCAGCGCACCGCCACAAACCGUCCCCCCACCCUGACCCUGCCGCCUACACCCCAAUUCAACCCCAUCCAAUACGACGCGCCUGCGCCUGCCGAAUUGCCCGCCGCCGACGUGCCCGCCAAAACACCCGCUACGCCACACACACACCAACACCACCAUCACCGUGACCGCAUACACGCGAGUCGCCAUAGCAUUGCCUCAUCCGUCACCGAUCUCGGCUCGCAGCUGCGGAGGUCGCGUUCCGCCUCGCUUCGCACAAACACAUCGGAUAGCACCGCCAAGACAUCGUCCUCUCACAAGAGGACCCCCUCGGCCACACUGGCGCUGACAUACUCGCCCGAAAAGGCGCCCGUGCCUCAUGGCGCCUCGUCGCAUCCCUCACGCCCAGCCCUCUCCAUCUCCACCUUUGCCCGCAACAAGCAAAAGAGCAGCGAGAACGUCAAGUCCGACACCGCCCACGUCUACGAGAAGAGUCCCCUCAGCGCCGUCGACAAGCCCAAGACUCCCUUUGGAAUGGCCGUCCCAAUGCCGCUCCGGCACCCUCCCUCGCAAAAGGAAAUCCUCCAAGCAAACCAGCAGUCCAACCGCACCCUCGCCCCCGCCGCUCCCAUACCUGUCCCCAAUGGCUCCAGCCCAAACAUCAUCUUCCAGCACAUCCACGAGCUCGCGUCCAAGCGGAUAUCGACACUGGAUUACCUGAGAAAAGCUCACGAAGGCCGCAUAUACUGGUUUAACACGCUCCUCUUCUCCAAACAAGACCUCACGCGCCUCCCCUCCUUCACCACGCGCAACCAAGCCCGCCGCGCAACCCACUACCUCCUCCUCGGCUUCUCCCUCCCCACCAUCCUCGACCUAAACGCAAACUCGCCCUCGGACUAUCUCAAAGCCCUAAACGCCCUCUUGCUAGAAUUCGAACAAUACCAGUCCAUCCACCCGGCCGAUGGCUCAACCCCGUCUUCACUAUCUCGCGCCCGCCUCCCCCAAAUGUUCAAGCGCGCAAACAUGGGCAUGGGUAUGGGCAUGGGCAGUAAAGGCCGCAGGUCCAGUUCCGCAACCGGCGACUUUCCUCCUCUGACUCAAACGAAUAGUUUCACGGGCAGUGAGACUGGCGGUGUGGAUUCUCCCCCUACAGACGACUUAUUGCCCAAUGAGAGUUAUACACAUCUUCAAACCCCGUCGUUACCUUUCGACCCCGAUUUCUUCAGCACGUUUGCGACUCUCUGCGACGUGUUGAUUGAUUGCUACACUAGGAUCCUUUCUAUGCUGAGUUCGCCCGAGAGUGUGGCGAGUGCCGGUGGUGGUGUACCCAGUGUCGUCGGCGAUUUGUUUAACAAGGCGGAUGCGAGGGUGAGGAAGAUUAUCCUCGCUGGUGUCGUCAGGGAGUUCGAGGAUAGUUGUCGGGCGGGGCUUAAGAGUGAGGUUGGUGGUGUGGGGAAAGUGGUGUUGGGCGGCUUGAUGUGA